CACACACUCUAGUACUACUCCUGUUCUGUCCCACCCACUUCUUAAAAGAAAGUUACGCCACUGGAUAAGAGCACAUUUCUCAACGCUGCAAACCAAAGCUUACAAGUUCUGUCUUAUUUAUCGGUCAGUUUAAGAUUCAGAAACCAGGAUGUCCAGCACCGUCAUACCCAUGAACUCUGCACCGCUCGUCGUUCAGUUUCAACCAGGUUCACCUCUUGGAAUUCAGGCAUUUCUGAAAGGCCAACCGAAAGCCCUUGGGACGGUCCAGAUAAUGAUCGGUGUGCUGACUCUCCUGAUUGGCAUUGUGUCUACAAUUUAUGGAGAGAGUGGCUUUGUCAUUAGUGGUCUUCCUUACUGGGGAACUCUAAUUUACAUUAUCGCAGGCGCACUCUCCGUUGCUGCAGAAAAUAACAUCAAUUCACUCUCAAGUUUGUGUUUGGUGAAAGCUUCACUCGGAAUGAACAUUUUCAGUAUUAUAACCGCAGGCAUCGCCAUUAUUAUUCUUUCACUGGAUUUGGUUAUAGGGUCAGGCCGUUAUGAUAGUAAUUAUUAUAACCGUACUGACCCUUCUGAAUUACAGAGAGCGUAUGAGACUCUUUUCAGGGGAAUCAGGGGUGUUUUGCUGUUAUUCGCCGUGCUCGAGUUUAUCAUCUCCAUCUGUCUGUCAGCAUUUGCCUGUAAAGCCAACGCCUGCGCCUGCUGUUGUCCUCCUCAGGUGCAGUUUGUUCCACAGGCUUUACCACCUCAGUCCUCUGAUUUCAGGCCCAUUCAUUUCCAGAAUCUUAACAGCUCAGAGAUACCAUUGGCAAGUAGCUCUUCCAUUCAUCACCAGCCUGCAGGCGCUCCUCCACAAUACAGCCAAUACAAACAAAUCUGAAUAAGUGGACAGUGUUCUCUUAUGAAACAAAACAUAUAGGAAUGUAUUUGAAAAUAUAAUUCAAUUUGCUUAGAUACACAUUUCAUAUAUACAACAUAUUUAGAUUGUAUAAAAGAAAAGUGUGGACUGAAAACAAAUAUUAAAGUUUUGCAUUUUUGGA